ACAUUUUAAAUAGAUCUUGGGACAGUCAAACAACACGAAAAACAAAAAUGAGAAGAAUUUUCGGAUCCUCAGCUCCAAAACAACCCCCACCAGAUCUAAACGAGUGUGUGUCUAAUAUUGACAGUCGGGUGGAGUCAAUUGAAAAGAAGAUUGGUAAAUUAGAGAUGGAUUUAAAAAAGUUUAAAGAUCAAAUGGCCAAAAUGAGAGACGGACCAGCGAAAAAUAGCGUUAAGCAAAAAGCAAUCAGAGUCCUUAAAGAAAAGAAAAGAUAUGAACAACAGCUAGAACAAUUGCGCAAUCAGGGUUUCAAUCUUGAGCAAACCAGCUAUGGAAUUCAGAGUCUGAAAGAUACCAAAGCAACUGUAGAUGCCAUGGCGGUUGGAGUAAAACAAUUCAAAAAAGAAUAUAAGAAUAUUAAUAUUGAUAAAAUUGAUGAUCUGCAAGACCAAAUGGAAGAUCUCAUGGAUCAAGCAAAUGAUGUUCAAGAAGUUAUGGGAAGAAGUUACGGUAUGCCAGAGGUGGAUGAUGAUGAACUGGCUGCAGAACUUGAUGCAUUAGGUGACGAAAUUGCUCUGGAUGAGGAUACAGGAUAUUUGGAUCAAGCUGCAAGCGAUGCUCCAGGUGUCCCAUCAACGGAACCAGGGGCACAAACAAAUAAGGAUGGUGUACCUGUAGACGAGUUCGGUUUACCUCAAUUACCACAGACGGCUAAAUAAUUUUGAACUAUCACUAACUGUAAAAAUUCAAAAAAAAAGCAUAUUAACUUCCUUACUUUUAUCGUUUUUAUGAUUACAGAAA